AUGUACGAAGGAGCGCUCACAGCAUCCGCCGACGACUUCUGCUCUUCACCAUGGGGCUGGCUGCCAUCGAGACACACUCCAGUACAGGGCACAAGCGGCCGGCUGCACACGGAACCGGAAAGCGAAGAAGAAGUUGAGGAGAAGAAACCCGUCGUCGAAGUGCUAGUGCCGUCCCCAGUAAAACCGCUGACGCCGAAGAAGCUGUGGGAGAAAAAGAAGGCAAGGCGCUUUCGAAGAAGCGAAGUUUGCGCCCAACCAGGUGCCCAAGCAGGCGCCCAACCACGGGAGGCCGACGUGGCCCCGCCGCAGCUGAGAGUCCAUCAGCGCAACGUGGAGAAAUACUACGGUGAGUGUCACGAAAUUCACGACAAGAUUUUGGACCUGGUGGAGACAGAUGAGGUGUCCAAACAGCAGGAGGAAAAGUGGUUGGAGUUCGAGCAGCUCUACAACCGAACGCUGGUCGCGUUGGAAAUGCUGCUGACCGCGCAUGAAAGACCUGCCCAGGUUGUGCUUCCGGCUGUCCAAGCCGCACAACAGGUCAUUAUCCACCAGCAAGCGUUGCGUGCUCCACUCCCAACGUUCGACGGACGUUACGAGAACUGGUCAAAGUUCAAGGCCAUGUUCCAGGACUUGAUGCGCAAUUCGUCCGAUUCCGAUGCCGUCAAGCUGUACCACCUGGACAAGGCGCUCGUUGGUGAAGCGGAAGGGAAGAUCGACCUACGAACCAUCCAGGAUAAUAACUACCGGGGAGCGUGGAAGGAACUGGAGGAGCAGUACGAGAACACGCGGCUGAUCAUCGAUCUCCACAUCCAAGGCAUCUUGCAGCUGAAAAAGAUGGACAAGCGGUCAUCGACGGAGUUGCGAGAUGUCGUCGAGCGGUGUUCCAGGCACGUCGAAGGUCUACGCUUCCACAAGCAAGAGCUGUUGGGAGUGUCGGAGCUCAUCGUGGUCAACAUCCUCGCAGCUGCCCUGGACCGCGAGACACGAGAGCUCUGGGAAGCGACGAUUGAGAAGGGUGAGCUACCGACAUAUCAAGCGACCGUUGACUUCUUGAGGAAGCGAUGCCACAUUCUCGAGCGAUGUGAGCUGUCCGACCCAGAGGCAUCUGCUGUCAAGCCGACAGUCUCUAAGAUGCCAUCUGCCACGAAACCUUCGGUGAAUGUGUUCACUGCGGCCACGACCACAAGCGAGGUGGUGUGCGAGCUUUGCGGUGGCAACCAUCCGAAUUACAAGUGCAGUGCCUUCUGUAGCAUGUCAGUCCCACAGAGGCUGGAGAAGGUGAGAGAGGCACGAGCCUGCUACAACUGCCUGAGAACCGGCCAUCUGGUCAGGAAGUGUCCCUCCGAGAGGACGUGUAAGUGUGGAGAGAGGCAUCACAACCUACUCCACAAGGACUCACCGAAAGAACAAGCAUCGCCGAAGUCUGAGGCUGCGCCCAAGCCUCCACCAGCCACUGAACAAGCGGCCAAUGGUUCCAGCAACGAGAACGCCGACGCCAGCGAGGAGCAGACGACGUCGUGCUGUAACAGCGGGCUGCUGCAAACCUCCCGACCUGUGCUGUUGCAGACAGCAGUCGUUAACGUGGUGGACAAGCAGGGUCGACUGCACCCGUGUCGCGCACUCCUGGAUUCCGGAUCGCAAGCCCACAUCCUGUCAGCGGCGAUGGCACGUAAGCUCGAGCUACCGCUGACGAAGUGCAACGUGAUGCUGAUUGGAGCAAAUGCCGUCAAGACACCGGCGAGGAGCAGCGUCAUCCUGCACCUCUCUUCAAGAUACACCAACUUCCGGGAUAGGAUUUCCUGUCUCAUCUCGGAGAAGCCAACCGGGAUUAUUCCAUCCGUGAGAAUUGACACGUCUGGAUGGAAAAUUCCAAGUGGCGUUCGCCUCGCAGAUCCGCAGUUCUUCGAACCCAACGACAUUGACCUGGUGAUUGCGUCCAACUACGUGUGGGAUCUGCUGAGGUCGGACAAGGUGAAGCUGCUCAACGGCGCCGUCACGCUCCGAGAGACAGAUCUGGGUUGGAUAGUCACGGGCACCUAUGACCCGCUCGACCAGGUGAGUCUUCCUAUCGUCCAUUCCAAUAAUGUGCGCCUGGAUAUCCUGGAAGAUGCCGUAGAAGAAUUAGUAUCAGUUGAAGAGCUGACAGACUCAACACCCCCCUCCGCCGAGAAUUUCGACAAGCUUGUCUCACCAACCCACCGCAGCGACGAGAGCAGCCGCUGCGUUGUUCAACUUCCGUUCAGAAAUACCGUCGACGACCAGUCCCAAGCCUUGAGAAGAUUCACCCAGCUUGAACGCAGUCGUUCCGAUCCACCUGGCUCGAAAUCACAGUACUCUGUCAUCACCGACAACACCGCCUGGGCAGACCCACUGCCAGAAGGGAUGAUGAUGGAGUGGCUCGAAUGCCCGAGAUCGUUGGACGAGCUCAAUGACAUCACCACCCCGCUCCGUGGUGUUGAGCCGGACGCCGUACGUAGCGAAGACAAGCUUCCACCAAAAACCGUUGAGCUGAUCGACGAUCCUGCACCGUCCUGCGGCGGCUUAAAGCUGGCCAUCGUCGAAAUACCAUCCGGGGAGCGAACCAGUUACUCCGGUUCAUUUGUGACGAAGACUUGCGUUUUGAAGGAGUUUCAGCUUCGCAGCCGGGCGGGAGAAUUACAGAUGUAA